AUGUCUGACUUCGGGGACCACGAUGGUGACGAAGCUGGCUUUGACUACGAGGCCGGUGAGGCGGAUUAUGACGACCACGAACCAGAAGACUUCCUGGAGCCGGAGGAGGGAGCGGAUGGAUACGACGACACAGGUGCUGAGGACGCAUUCAGCCACGCAGUGAAUGGCGAGCGCACUAUCAUAUCUGGCGAUCCCAACGCGGGCGGUGGUCGAGGCGUGAUUGAACAGCCCCGGGAAAAGAAAAUACCAAACGACAAACGUACAACCACACCGUAUAUGACCAAAUAUGAGCGAGCUCGCGUCUUGGGAACCAGGGCCCUUCAGAUCAGUAUGAAUGCCCCCGUUCUGGUCGAUCUUGAAGGCGAAACCGACCCACUUCAAAUCGCCAUUAAAGAGCUUAAUCAGAAGAAGAUUCCCCUGAUCAUCAGGAGAUAUCUCCCUGACGGAUAUUACGAGGACUGGACUUGUGAAGAGCUUCUGUGA